GAGAGGGGGAAAGAGAUGUCGGGACGCGGGAAGGGAGGGAAGGGUUUGGGGAAGGGCGGGGCGAAGCGGCAUCGGAAGGUGCUGCGGGACAACAUUCAGGGGAUCACGAAGCCGGCGAUCCGGCGGCUGGCCCGGCGGGGUGGGGUGAAGCGCAUCUCGGGGCUCAUCUACGAGGAGACCCGCGGCGUGCUCAAGAUCUUCCUGGAGAACGUCAUCCGCGACGCCGUCACCUACACGGAGCACGCCCGCCGCAAGACCGUCACCGCCAUGGACGUCGUCUACGCCCUCAAGCGCCAGGGCCGCACCCUUUACGGCUUCGGCGGAUAGGCGCCGGCCCUCCUCGCUCUGCCUAGAGGAAGAAAGAGAUAGCGCGUUGGAUUAGGGCUUGAUUUCCUCUUCUUCCUCAUUUCUGCUUUGGUUUGAUGGAGAUGUCGAACGAAAUGCUCCGCGCUUGUGGGUGAUUGUAAACUUGUAGUCUUUCGUAGAAUUGUCGAUCACAGCCGUUGGUUUUCA